AUGGAGCAUGAACACUUCACAGAGAAUCAAGUUAUUCAUUUGGAAAUGCUUACAAGACACCUUACCUACAAAAUGAAACUAGGAAUAAUUGAUGACGAAGAAAGAAAAUGUGUUUUUUGCAAGCAAACGGAAGAAACUACUUUUCACUUAUUUGAAUGUGAAUUUGCAUCACCAGUGUGGAGACUACAUCCAAUGCCUUGUCAGGGAGUACUUUCUAACCCUUCCUCUAUGAAUAUCUCUUUCCUAGAUAUGUAUAAUAAAUGGUUAGAAGGUGAUCUCAAUUCAAUCUCUAUGGCUUUAGCGGCUACCAAAUGCUGGUUUAUUUGGAAACAGCGUUGUCUGAGAGUGUUUGAGAAUAAGAAUCGUACUCCAACUCAAUUAUCUCAAGACAUUUCAAGACAUUACAACUAUUGGCACCCAAUAGCAAUGUUACCAACGUUAAUCCAGAAAACUACAAUAUCACAGUCUCAGUUGUUUUGGACUUUUCCAGCUACAAAUUUUUACAAACUUAACUGUGAUGCUUCUUGGUUAUCUGCUAAAACUAAUGCAGGAUUUGGUUUUGUCUUACGGAAUUGGACAGGAACAUUUAAAAGCGCAGGAGUGGGCAGUUGCAGGACAGAUUCAGCAGAAGAAGCUGAAGAUGUAGCUUUGCUGCAGACUACUACAUGGGCCAUCACAAACAAUCUGCACAAUCUGGCUAUUGAAGGAGACAACAAGAACACCAUCAACUACUUACAAGGCAAACCAAACUCAAUCAAAUGGAAAUGUGAAGCACUCUUAGACGAAGUAAAGAAACUAGCAGCUAAAUUAACCUGUUUUGUGGGAUUCCACUUUGUGGACCGAAAAGCAAACAAAGCUGCAGAUAUGCUAGCUAAGAAAGGAAGAAAUUCUUCUCAACAGUUUACUUUCUUUGCUGAAUCACCUCUCUUUUUAAUUCCAACAAUUGUCUUUGACACUGUCAAAGCUUUUGCAUGUUGUAAUAUGAACUCUAGUUAUGUAUCCUUAUCAGAAGAAGCUAAUCACACAGAUUCAGUCAUCGGAUGGACAACUCAAACAAAGCUAGUCCAUAAUGAGUCUGAAUCUGCAAAUUAG